AUGGCCACUAUAUCCAGCUAUUUCGGCGCUGCCAAUGGUCGCCGUCCUGAUUCUGACCGAGUUAUUCUUGCUCCAGCACAUAUUAGCUCUCGCCCAAAAGACGUCAACGGAAUCCUGAUCGAGCCUGACGAAUUUAUGCUGAAUGGAAAGCGAUAUGUUCGCAACUCUGCUGUGGCAAAGCCCCAAAAGCACACCAAGAAGAGAACAUCAGUUGUCUGGCAAUAUGGCGAAGACAUACAACUCAUGCAGGACCCGACAAAAAGAUUCUGGUACUGUUAUCUGUGCGAACAGCAGCAGCGCCAACAGGGACUUCCAAUUUCCGGCAAGGGCAAUUGUACUGCCUUGCUCAGGGCUGGCCUCAUUUGGUGGCGUUAUUAG